AAAAAGCCGACGUUCGCCACCGUAGCUGCCGGACUACGUCCGAGGGGUAAAAAGAGGAAGACGAGGCGGUAGAAGAAAAGGAGAGGGGCGUCUUCGGGGUUUGGCGAUAGUGAUGAUGCCAGUACCUCGCGGGCUAGUUGGAGUCGAGGGCGACGACGGAAUCGAGAAGUGAGAGAGGACGAGCUGUGUGCCAGCCCUGGCCCCGGCCGAUCGCGUAGUGUCUAGUGUGACGAGAUGACGGGUGACGCGGAUGAGACCCGCGCUCGUUGUGGGCCUCCUCCUGGGCCUCCUAGCCGUUACCUUCCGAGGAGUGCAAUGCGAAGACGAGCCAGAACAGGUACCAUCCGAGGACCUAUGUCGACCGUAUAUCGAGAAGGCGCUCAAGGAUCUCGGCACAGGAUCUUUGGACCAGACCAGUGCAGAGGUCGGAAUCGAGAUCGACCAAGAGAAAGAUGAGGAAGCAUUACCUGCGAGCGAGGAAACUGGUGAGGCAGCAGACGAUGUUUCGAAAGAAGAGGAUAAGGCUGAAGAGGAAUCGGUAGAUGAAAAUAUAGAAACAGCUUCUGACGAAAGCAAGGAAGAAACCGAAGAGCAGGCCGACGUUAGCGAAGAAAGGAUAGAAAAAGAAAAAGAAGAAGAUGAACAAAGUGAAGAAGUCGUGACUGAUGAAAGUGCUGAAGCUCAAGAAGAAGAAGCAAAAGAAUCAGAGGGAGCGUCCGCUGAGGUAACUGAAAGCGAUGAAGAACAAAUCGACUCUUCCGAAAAAGUGACUGAAAGUGAAGAAAUGAAAAUCGAAGAAGAAAAGCUUGACGAAGAAAAAUCCGACGAAGAAACAAAAGAAGACGAAAAAUCUGAAGAGGAAAAAAUAGAUGACGAAGCAAAAUCCGAAGAAGAAAAAGAUGAAAUCGAAGAAUCGAAAGCUGAAGACGAAGAGCAAGAGACGUCCAGAGAAGCCACUGAAGAAGUAGAAGACGAAUCUAAAGAGGAAGCGGAGGCUCAGGAAGCUGGUGUUGAAGAAGACUCUGAUAAAGAGGAAGAAACUGAUAGUAAAACUGAAGAGGACAUCGAAUCGAUCGAAGAUCAGGCAAGUAGUAGUGAAGAUGAGAAAGAUGAUACUAAAGAAGAAACGCAGGAUGAGAGCGCUGAAGCUGAGGAUGAAGAAAAAGAAAAGGAAAGCGCAGAAGAUGUCGGGGCGACAGAUUCCGAAGAUGUAGAGGAAGAAACAAAAUCGGAAGAAGAGGAAGAAGCAGAAACAAAGUUUACUGAAGGGGAAGAAGAAAAAUCAGCUGAAGAAGACACGAAAUCUGAGGAGAAAGAAGAAGAAAUGAAAUCUGCGGAGAAGGAUGAAGAAGAAACAAAAUCUGCGGAAGAAGAAACGAAAUCCGAGGAAAUCGAAACAAAAUGUGAGGAAAGUGACGCGGAAUGUAAGGACGAAGCAAAAUCUGCGGAAGAGGAGGGAAAAUCAGAAGAAGAGGAUAUAAAAUCGCGUGGCAGACGAGAAGCUGGUAAAGAAGAUACUGAAACAGACGAUAAAUCAGAAGAAGCUGUCAGCGAGGAAGAACAGGAACCUACUCCAGAAGAGGAUUUGAUUCAAGAAAUCAAAAUCCCGGAGAAUCUUCGACCCAGGGAUCACAUUAAUCAAUUGCUAAAAUUGGAUGAAGAAAAUGAGAAAAAGGAACGAGCUAUACAAAAAGAGGCUGACAUUAUUCUUAGGGAUUUGAAAAGACUUUACGAUAACGCUAUAAAGCCGUUAGAAACUAUGUACAAGUAUAGAGACUUGAGUAACAGGCAUUUCGGAGAUCCCGAAAUAUUUUCCAAGCCACUAGUGCUUUUUAUGGGACCGUGGAGCGGCGGAAAAUCGUCCAUCAUUAAUUAUCUUCUCGACAUCGAAUACAAACCAAUGUCAUUGAGGACAGGUGGUUUGAGAGAGUGCUUAGAAGAGCAUUGCAAAUCGCCAAAUGGAAAAAAUGACACAGGAGCCGAGCCGUCACCAGCGUACUUCAACAUAAUAAUGCAUGGUGAGGAGGAGGAGGUUCUCGAUGGCACUCAAUUGGCCGCCGACUGGACUUUUUCGGGACUGCAGAAGUUUGGACAGGGCUUGUUGGAUCGUCUUAGGGGCCUGCGACUUGAUAACAAGUUACUGGAAAAGGUGAACAUCGUCGAGAUUCCAGGUAUUUUAGAGAUUCGAAAACAAGUUCAACGCUUAUUUCCCUUUAACGAUGCGUGUCAAUGGUUCAUCGAUCGGGCGGACAUAAUAUUUUUGGUUUACGAUCCCGCCAAAUUGGAUGUCGGACCCGAAACUGAGGCUAUUCUUGACCAGUUAAAAGGAGAAUAUCAGACUCGCAUUAUCCUCAACAAAGCCGACCAGGUGAAACCCGAGGAACUCAUGAGGGUGCAAGGUGCCCUAAUCUGGAAUAUAUCGCCGCUUAUGUCGAGCGCAGAACCACCAAUAAUGUACUCCACGUCAUUAUGGUCGUUACCCUACGAGGCUGGUGCACCUACUAGAUUGUUGUACGCGCAAGAACGCGCAUUCCUUCGCGAUCUACGUUCCGCAAUAAACAAGAGAGUCGAACACAAGAUAGCGAGUGCCAGAAGAUUCGCCGUACGAGUGCGCAAUCAUGCUAAAAUGGUGGAUUGCUACUUGACAACGUAUUACAAUCACAAGACGUUCUUCGCCAACAAGCGAGAGAUCAGCGACAAGAUUAUUGAGAAUCCACAGGAUUAUCAUAUCUACGAGGGCCUUAGUACUCUGACUAAUAUAUCACGCUACGACCUACCGGAUCCGGAUGUUUAUCGCGACUUCUUUCGGCUAAAUCCGCUCUACGAUUUCCCGCUGCUCAGCUCUACGUGCACGUACUUCCGCGGCUGUCCGAUUAACAGGCUCGAUGUGGCCAUUGCUUACGAUCUACCCGAGCUAGUGGGCAACUAUAAGAAAGCAGCAGAGGCGGUAUUACACGAGAGUGAAGGCAACAGCCCACCGAGUUGAGUGCGUGUCCGCGUUCCGGAACGGAGCUCUCGAUACCCAUGUAAAAUACGGACUGGCGACAAAAGCGGCGACGGUUACCUCUGAAGAGAAAGAAGAAAGGCUUAGCUUGUAACUGAAAUGCCUUGGCACUUUAAAGAAUGAGCUGAAGGACAUAGUCUGAUAUUUGAGAUAGUACCAAGGAUUUUCUUCCUGAAAUACAGGCAGCUAGAUCGCAGCGAAUGAUCUACGCGAAUUGUAUUCGAGAUGCUCCGAUAACGAAGUCCGAUAAGGAAGUCGGCUUACAAAGAAGCUGACAGUCGCGAAAACAAUAGGAGCGAAAGGACAGGAGGUAUCAAAGUAUAAAAAAAAUUGGAGUAUCAUCGUUUGAGCGGGCGAGUAACGCCAUGUAUUUUUAGAUCCGAAUAGUUUAGCCUCGUCCCUCAUGACAGAGUGUGCAAAAUGUGAGCACAAUGGAGUGUGAUAUCAGUGGUCGGGACACUUCCUCGGUUGCAGAAGAAGAACAAGUGUAUUACUUGUGUCUGGUAAAACAAUGCGAGUGCUACCAUUCCGAUCCAAAAGCGAACAAUGAGAGUUUCCUUUGAAUUUAUGUGUUCAGAUAUUGGUUCCUCUCAAUGAAAAUCUGAGGCUUCGGUGCGACAGUCGCUUACCUCACUUUUCUAGGCACUCGACAAAAAAAUUAAUCAAAAUUUAAGAAAGAAGAUUAGAAUUUAGUUUCAAGAUUUGAAAUAAAUUUUUAGUUUAGGAACUCUAAUAUUAAAAUUUAGGAUUAACUCUUACACUUUUCUCUACUUUUAACAGAAAA